GCCGGAAAGAGUGAGUUUAGGUAAUAGUGUCUGCAGGGAAAUAAAAUCACUCUUAAAAAUCAAAAUCAAAUAAUAUCGCUAGGAACACAGGACAUUUCCGUGCGUUUAGAGCUGACGGUAUGAUAACUCAUCAAUGUUGCUUGGACACCAUAGUAGUAAUAUUAUUAUGUCGAUAAACACCUGUUAAACAGUGUCGAACGACAAUUUCACUGUCAUAUUUUUGCAUAGAACUUUCGUUAAUAUGGUUAUCGUUGCUUUCGCAAUAAUCCUGACGUCUUUUCUGAUGGUUUGCGAUAGCGGCACAUACGUGUUGCCGUACGACGAAACACGAGCAACAAGUAAAGGGGUCACGGAGAACCAACACUCGAUGACCCGUAGAGCUAUGGGCUUGGACGGACCUCAAAGUGGAGUCCGUCCGCCGUCGACUCGUCAAGGCCAAGGCGUUAUGUCAAAUAGAAAAGCGAGCCAUUGCCCGAUUUCGUCAUUCCAAAAAUGUGAAACGCCAGCAACAGACGGUUAUUUGGUCUUCGAAAACGGGAUGUUACGCGAAUAUAGCAGCGAACAGGAUUUUCGUUUGAAAAAUAACAAACAAAUAAAACAAGAUCAUCCUGUGGGUUUGGCAGAACCUGUAUGAAACCGCAAUGGAAAACUUGACCGACCAGCGGCCGCUAGGUUUUAGUUGUCGUAUCGCGACUCCAGUGUGUGAAAAGUGACCACACUUGUCAGCACUGGAUAACUGGCAAACGCAAGGCCACAUUAUUUUGUCUGCAUCUU